UUGUUUAUAGUCUGUCGAAAAAUAAUCAAAAACCGAUUUGUCACUCGUCUUGAGAAGCCACAGGUGCGAAAUGCACACGAAACUCACCUCGUACAAGUAUAGGGAUACGAUGAUGUUGUGACAUGAUGUAUAUAUUAUUUUUUUUUUGUCUACUCGUAUCAAACGAAUUCCCGAAGAUAUCCCAUCUCAACUUCCGGGAAUUCGAGAAAUCUGCACGCGACGUGUAUCGCAGGAUAUGGUAUACAUAUGUAAUAAAAAGCAUCGUGUUCCGAUGCGAUUUGGUUUGAAUUAAAAAGAAAAAUAAGUUCGGCACGCAGCUGUACAUCGAAAAUCGUAUAGGUAUAAGAGUCACGUGGUGCCAUGCAGGGGAUGAUUCUGAAAUAGGUAAAAACCUAUGUGUGUACGAUAACAAUAAUAUAAGAAUAUGACGCAUUGUUGACUGAGUUUCCAAGGAAACGAGCCACCUUCGGUGUCGAUAUGCACACGUAUCAGAUUUUUACCUUUCGGUUUACGUGACGCAUCCCCAGAAGAAACGCGUAGACGGUAAACGGAUUUUAUAAAGUCGCCUAAUCACUAACGUAAAAAUAUGGCUGAGGAUAGAUUACCGGAUGUUAUCGCUGGCGAACUCGCGUCUGCAGAUAUGGCGAGUGCUCAGGCAACAGAAAUCCUCAAUCCAACGUUGCAAUCGAACGAUUUCCUCCUGAGUUUUGUACGGGUCGGUCUUGAGGAGAGCGUCGAUCGUGGAGGCGCAAAUGGAAAUCGCAGAGGAAAAUACGGUGGUGGUAGGCAAACGACCAAGCGAGAUGGAAGGACAGCUACUCUGGGUGAUUCUUCAACGAUCGGAACUUCGGCCACGAUAGACACCCUGUCGGAAUUGAAAAAUGAUCAGAACGAAGGACACGGAAAGAGCGGUGAUAAAAGGAAAAAACGAAAAAGCGGUGCCCGUGGGAUGAAAACUAACUUGCUGGAUACUGAGAUGAGCGCGCAAAAAUCUAAGAAGAAAAAAAGACGAAAAAAUUGCGGACUUAGGAGGCAGGAGGAGGUUUACACGGAUAAGGAUCGUGCCGCUGCUGUUAACAUGGGAAGCAGAGAUAUAAAACAAUCCCUCAAAAUGAAAAGGCAACAAGAUAGGUGCCGGGCACUACAAAUCCCGGAGGAAGCCGAACCUGGAGCAAUGUUAGCUCUUGCGGCGCGCGAAAUGCGAUCCGGAGACGUUGAAAUCGCCGUUAAUUUUGUUAAUAAGGCGCUCGAACUCAGUCCGGAAGAUAGAAACGCGCUCAUAGCGAGAAGCAAGUGUUACCUUCUUCUUGGGGAGCCCCAAAAGGCUCUACAGGAUGCCGAGGCUGCUCUCCAGGAAAAUUCAAAGGAACCAAGCAACGCCAGGGCGAUGUAUUACAAGGCAGAGGCGCUCUAUCAUCUUGGAGAUUUUGAACUCAGCCUCGUUUAUUAUUACAGAGGUAUGAGGAUUCGCUCCGAAUUUGACGGGUUCAGACUCGGCGUUCAAAAAGCACAAGAAGCCAUCCAGAAUAUAAUCGGGGAUAAAUCUCCUCCCAUACCUGUAUCUCUUUUGGCUGGAAAAAAUGUCUCUACGGAGGAACAUGAGCCCUCAAAUGAUGAGACGGACUCUUUAAAUAUCAAACGGAGUGACACUGAACCCAAGGACCCACCAAAGGAAAAGAAGAAUGUGACCAGAAGGCGCCGAUCCGAGACUCCGGAGAAGCAGAAAAGCAGCACUGCUCAUCAACGACUUCUGGGACAGUUGGAAGUCGACAAAAAGUACCUUCAGAACUUGCUAAAACAUCCAGACAUAAAAGCACCGCACCAAGCCUCGGCAGAUCACAUCGCUACAUACGCGGAAGAAGGAAUCGCGUUUUUGAAAAGCCGACAGGAAUUCUGGCGGCAACAACGCGCUACUUCGUCACUUUAAACGGUUCAUCGGAGGCACUGAUCGGAACCUAAAAGUUCAAACCAAAGUUCAAAAGUUGACCUACAGUCGACCUCUAACGUUUAUUCGAUGAACUAUUUUUGCCAUCAGGAGCGCACAAAUUUUUUUUUAAAUAAUUUCAAAUAGGUACGCGGGAUAGGACCUGGAACAAAAACGUGAAUUUAAUAGGGUAGAUCAUUUCGUGCUUUGUGAACGAUAAAAUAAUUUAUUACGAUUCAAAUACCGCAUACUGCGCGGUUUUUGUAUACAUUAUUUAAUUCCUUCGCGUUGCAUCAUAGUUGCGGUUGGUAUAACGAUAACCGAAAUUUAUUGCUGCUCGCCCGACGUGAUAAGGUCAUGAAGAUUUUUCCAUAUCUCCCUUGUCUUACAGGUAUUUACACGAUAUAAUAAGUGAAAUAUUAUAGUAUAAACAGUAUAAUAACUCGACUAUACCAUACGAACUAGCCACCUGAUGUUACAAUAAUCUGUAAUAAUAAUUAUAUCCUUUACCGAAGUGCAAAGAAGCAUUUAAUGAUGAAUUCGUGUCAUCGACUUUUUAUUUAGUUUCACCUCGAUUAUUCUUGAUAAUUAAUUUUAUUUACGACUAAGCAAUAUCAACGACGUAUGCCUCUAAUAUUCACAACCUUACGAAUUAAAUAGUAACAACGAUACGACGAACUAUGUGUAGUGCGGAUAAUAACGUCAGUGUAUAAGAUAAAAGUAAUUAAGUAGGUGGGUGUGUGGGUAGCUAAUUUAAGUCCUGGUCUACCCUACAAACUACCGUUAACGAUGAAAAGUUAGUUAAUUGUAUCUAUCACAAUUGAUUUUCAGAGUUUAUCAUAUAGAAAUAUAAUUUUAGGGAUAAUUAUGAUGAAUUUUAGCAGUGAUUUCGAUCACCCGUAAAAUAUGAAAGUUUUACUUUUCUGUUGUUGGAAUUAAAAUUAAAUAUUUUUAUUAUCGGCUC